UUAAUGGCUUGUAGACAGGGUCGCAGAAAGAGAGCCAAAAUCGAUCAUAAUGAAGUGGCAGUGGCUCAUGUAACGAAAGGUGUAGAUCAGGACGGGCUGAGAAAAUAUUACAUAAAUAAAGAAAUAGGUAUGCUGAGUAUUACAAAAAACCACACAUUCUUAAAUGCCAAAAACAAUUAUCUUAUGCGCACAAAUUAUUUGAGGAAUAAAUUUUUGCGAACCAUAUUUUUGCGGAUGAGUAGUCCCCAAAUACUUCAUUUUGCGGAGUAUAUUUUUGCGGAAUUAAUUUUUGCGGAAUUAAUUUUUGUGAAGUACGAAGAAAUUAAAAGAAAAAUGGUGUAGAAGUUUUUGCGGAUGGAAGUUUACCAACGAAAGAAAAUUAGUCACUACGCAUUUCUUGUAUUAAUAAUAUAACCUUUAUUUUUGGGAGAUAGAAUUUUCAAGGAAUUAGUAGAAGAGGUAUUUUAAAGUUAGCAGAAGCAAAAUACAAUGGAAUGCAAUAUCUCGGCGGACGAAAAAUUCAGGGAAGAAAAAUUAUCCAGCAAUUUUAAGAAAUUUUGCAAAAUAAUCUCCCCAUUAAUUUUCCCCAUUUUAGAACACGUGACCUCUUUGUCCUUAAUUGCAAAGUGAAAUAAACCUAAAUGGGGCAACAGCAAAAGUACAAUAAAAUUUCAUAGUUUGGGUGGUUUUUAAAGUUUUCGGGGCAUUUAAUUUCGUGGAUGAUCAACACGUGUUUUCGCUGUGCUUAAUUUGACAAGUUCAAUAAAAAUUACGUAAUUUGAAAAAUAUAAUUCUAAGUCAAUUCAAAUGCUUAAUAACAUAUCCUUUAACCUCAUGAACACUGCAGUUUGCGCACAGUUGUAAAUGUUUAUACAAAUUUUGUCCUUAAUAGAAUGAUUAUGAGAUACUAUUGAAACGACGCCCUUUAUAAGUACAAAUUAAUCCGUAACUCCUUUAGAGUGCAAUUUAUGAAAUUGAGCUUCUUAUGAAGCGCUAAAGCAGUAAAGAGUUAAUAUGUUUUCAAUCGUGAAAAUUUACUUUUUUAUUGUUAAGACAUAUUGCCUAUGGUUACUUGAUUUA